AUGGCGCCUCGAAUAAAGUUUUCGGCCGGCGGCAAGCAUGCGGAGCACGGCAGUUGUUGCACAGGGAUUGAUGGCGGUUACGGCUGGGUCAUCAUCUUUGUCUGCUUCGUCCACACAUUCUGGAUCAAUCUCUGGGUUGGAUCAUGGGGUAUCCUCCAAGCAGCUCUGCUUCGGACAACCCUCAAGGACUCCUCGCUCAGCGCCCUGUCAUUCGUCGGCAGUCUCGGUGUAGUCUUGGGUCCUGCACUCGGAAUACCGGCUAUCCGAAUCGUCCGUGUCAUCGGAGCUCGUAUAGGCAUGACCCUCGGCAUUUCCAUCUACGGCCUUGGCUGCCUGGCGAACAGCUGGGCUGUCGGCAGUCUCGUCGGCUUGUUCUUUGCCUGUGGAUUCAAGAAGAAGCAUGGAUUGGCGAAUGGCAUCGUCAAGCUUGGUGAAAGCUUUGGGGCACUCAUUGGCGCUGUUUCUGUUGGCUAUCUGACUGAAGGUGUAGGAGUCGCUUGGACCUUUCGCAUAUUGGGCAUCGCGUCGCUUGUCACGGGCAUAGCCACCGCUCUACUCGUCAAGGAUCGCGGCGCUCCCCCAGAGUACCCUUUCAAAUGGUCUGUCUUCAGAGAUGCCUGCUUCUCGUGGCAUUUCGCUGCUGGUGCGGUCGGAAUAUUCCCCAUAUACGCACCAACAUUCUUCCUGCACUACAUCAACAACGCUCUUGGCUUCUCAAACUCUACAUCCAUCGCCACGCUCGCUUGUCUUUUGGCUUGUAUGUCACUAGGCCGAAUUCUGACGGGCUAUGCGUGCGAUAGCGUUGGGUCCAUGAAUGCAUUGUUCUUUACCUCCCUGAACGAUGCGAGAAAAGAACGUCUUUUAUCCCAUUUGGCCACGGUCCCGCAGUAUGCGUUGGGCUUAAUACCGCAGAAGUUGAGAUGA